GAUUAUCUGAGGAGAGAGAAAUACUUCAUGACGUAGGUUACACUGAUUGACGAUUUGAGUAUUUUAUUUUACCGGUUGUGAGAGUCAACAAGUCCGAGUGAAUGCCGCAGGGCGGUUUGUCAGCCAAGAACUAAACGUGCCAUCCAAUUACUUAGGACCAAGAACUGCUGUCUUGCAGCAACAGUGGGCUUUCUCAAUGGACGCGCAACUCUCGGCUCUAGGGCAACAGUUAGCUGAGGAUGCAAACAACCUGGUCGCGGAGCAUUGUGCCGACGGCCUCGAAGCUUUCUACAGCUGCGUGAAGUCCGGAUGGACAAACCGCACCGUGGAUGGGUCUGCGGAUGCCACCGUGUGCGCUGAGGACGACGGUACGCUGGCUAGCGUACGCGAGGGCACUGCGCGGCUGCACGCCUCCCUCUCCUCCCGCCUCUCCGCCGGCAUGGAGCUCUUCCAGGAGGUGUGCACCGCCACCAUCUUCAAGCCGCCCGUGCGAGCCAGCACCCCCAAGCUGGACGCCGUGAGCCUUCCGGACGACGGCGGCUGCAGCACCAGCAGCAGCAGCGGGGGUGGUGGUGGUGGUGGCGGCGCCCGGGCGGCACCCGGUGGCAGCUCGGGGGCCGGAGAGGACGAGGCGCAGCUGGUAUCGCGGAUAGCGGGCAUGCGGCGGGAGCUAGGGAGGGUGGACGAGCGGUGCGCCGCGCUGCGUGCGGAGCUGCAGCGGGUGGACCGACACAUCGCCAGCAGCGGCGAUGCGGGUGACUACCGCUCCCUUGCCGCCACUGCCUCCAGCAACAAGGCGGCCAUCCAAUCCAUCGUGGGGGCGGCUCUGGAGCUGCAGCGGCUUAUAGAGCG